UACCUUCUCUCUACAGAGCUACUGCAAAACGGAGUUUCCACAAUUCAAGUGUUACUAUGGGUAUGAAGAUUCAAAAACCUCAUUCAACUACAUUUGAUGCACAUUUUAAAAAUCCUUAUGAUGGUGCAGUUGCAUUCUACAAGGAUGGUGUACUGAAAGCCUGGGUUGCACCUACUGAGGCUGAGAAAUUCACGACAGCUCAAGAGGUUCGAGAUGGAUUCAACAAGGCAAAGUGAACAACAGAAUAGAAGUAUAUCAUCAAUAUCUUGUUAAUUAUAGCAAUGAUAUGUUUACAGUUCACUAUCAAAUAAGUUGGCCAUAAUCUUACAGGCUAUAAUAUACUGGUUUCUCUGAAUAUAUUCCAAUUGUAUUGCUAUUAAAAUUGUGUUUUGUGUGUGAGA